GACAGCGCCUGGAACCGCUGGGGUCGCUGGGUGCUUCUCGCAUGCAUAAUCGUCGCCUUCUUCAUACUCUUCUUCCUCUUCUCAUGCCUUUCUGCAAGAAGACGUCGUAAGCACGGCUACAACCCCUACUUCGGCACUGGUUGGACUGUUCGCCACGGCACUCCUACCUACAACCAGAACGUCCAGCCCCAGUAUGAGACAACCUCGACUCCUUAUUAUAACAACUCAAACAACCCUCCUCCAGCCUACAGCCCUGCCCCAAACACUACCAACUACGGCAACAACAUUGAGCUGCAGCAGCCUCAAGCGGCAUACACUGGCAACUACGCUCCUCCCAAGGACCCUCCCCCGGGAAGA